AUGCUGGAGCCAAGUGCCAUCCACAGUUAUGAGGCACCAGCCUACCGAAGCAACCCGCCCUCUCCCUCGGAAGGCCUACCGCCGAGUCUGCCUUUCCAUUGUGCAGUCCUGGAGUCCGCAGAUGCUUGCGGUGGUCCCUCCCCUGCCCUGCUCCACUCUUUGCGGGAGCAAGGCUGCAAGCUCAUCCUCGCCCAGGUAGAGGAUGUGGAAGAGGAGGAAAGAAGUCCGCCGAGGGAAAAAGUCAGUGCGGACAACAGCCCUUUCAAGCGAAACAGUGCGCCAAAGGCAUACCGACCCACAUCUCUAAAUCGGGAGUGGUUCGAUGCUGUGUUUGAUAAGGUGCUGCCCAUAACCGGCGAAGAGGGUGGAGGAAACAGUCCUCUAGAGCGCUUCUUUGCCGAUGAAGGCACGCCUUCAUCGCAAGCCGUCUGCUUCGCGUGCUCCGAUGCGGGGUCCAAGGCAUUUGCUGCUAUGGACGCUGGCCUCGUUCUCGCUCCGGACCAUGAUUUGGUGUGGCGCAGGACCGAGGAGGAGGAUGCUAUACAGUUGCCGGGGGCAGACUGUGCCUUGUCACAAAGCCCUACGGCGCGACAGCUGGCAUGGCUUCACGAGGUCUUCACUCAGAAGCUGUGGUGCUGCUGCAUGUGGCUUGCACCAGCUCCCGAAGAGCUUCGCCACAACGCUGGACUACCUAGCGACAGCCCCUCCGCCUACGAGCGUGCAACGAUAACGUCCGUGGCAAGCGGUACAUUGCAAGCGCUUGGCCAUCCGCCAUGGUCUUCAAAGUGGGAGACCUUUUUGCAGGAAGGCGAAGAGACCUAUCCUUGUAUGGCCGUUCUCGGUGAUGAGAUGUCAGCAUGUCCGGACUGGACCCCGUUGGAGCCACGCUUCCGCUGUCGAGGGACUUUGCGUGAGCUCGUUGCGCUCCCAAAGGUGGUUUUGUACUGCCAUUCUCUGGACGUUGGCUUGGCCAAGGUGCACCACCUUAUUGAGGCACAAGAUGUGAACGGCUUGGUCGUGCGAGUCAGCAGUAACCGCCUGUGCAGCUUGUGCCGGGAGGGGACUGCUGGGACCGAGAUGUCAGUGACACUAGUAUCUUGCAACAGCAAGAACUGGCCGGAUAUUUGCAUUCGCUCCAGCUUGUUGUGCAAGCAUCUUCCGAAAGGUUUCACUCUGUAUGGUUUUCCGUCUGUGGACAUUUCGAGAGGCAAGGCAAUGCUGACGGCAGCAUACCAGGACGAACAGGGCCAAAUAGUCCUGGUCCGAGCCUGGCAUCGGGUAUGCAAAGAUGACGGCAGAGGGGAUGUCGAACUGAACAUUGGUGGUGACAUGAACUGUGCAUCUUCAGUCCAUGCCCAGAAAGCUAGUGCGUUUUGGGGUACCGUCCGCAAAGAUGCAUGUGAGGUGGAUAUCAUCUUCUGCAAUCCCCGACGUGGAACUAGAUACACGGUGGAGAAGGUCGUGUCUGUCAUUGCCAACAGUGGUCGGCUGAGGCUGUCCUUGGGCGUCAGCGUUCCAGCCGGGAACUCCAGCUUCUGCAAGGUGAAGUACCAUACCGUGGAUGCGAGCGCCCUUGCGGGCCGCGAAUACGAAGCCUGUUCAGGCGAGCUCAUCUUUGAACAUGGCGAAGAUCACAAAGAGAUCCAGGUCGAAAUCAAUGACGACGACAACUGGUCACCCUCCACUGAAUUCAAAAUCGUCUUGACCCAUCCGCAGAACUGCAGGCUUGGACAAGAUCUGCAAUACUGCCGCGUCAAGAUCAUCGAUGAUGAUGCUUUUCCUGGCAAUAACCAUCGCGAACAGAUCCUCAAGGGCGAGGAUGCUAUAUGGAACAUCAGUGGCUUCUCCCUGUUUUUCGAAUUUUUCCGUUUGAACUUCAUCAGUGAAGGCAUGGGAUACAGAACUGUGCUGACUGUGAUGUUCGACCAGUUGAAGAACGCCUACCUUCUGCUGACCCUCAUGAUGAAAACCUAUCUCAUCAACGUGGUGCUGGACACGAGGACGUCCGAGGAUCGCCUGAUUCUGCCGGAUCGGCGCACUUGUGCCAUCGUCAUCGGCAUCCUGUACAUCGCGCCGCUCACAAUUCUUCACGUCUGGGACUACUAUAAGUUGUCCUUGGACGUGCAAGGGCGCACGAAGAUGUUCAUCCAGACCACCCUCUUUCGGAAGUAUCUGAACUACAGCGAGAAGUCAAGGCGCUCCAUGACCCCGGCGCAGAUGAAUCAUGCCAUCACACAGGAGAGUACGGACGUUGCCAGUGCCUAUGCUGCGGUGUUGGAGAUCGUGCAGAUGGGUGGUCGAAUCGUGCUGAUGGUCUGCUUCACAAUGAGCCAGGACCCGGCGUGUUGGUGGGUCGUGGCGCUCAUGCCCACACUCAUGGUCCUCUUCGGAAUCAUCCGUGGCGAUGCGAUGUCCAAGGUGACCCGGAUCUCUGGCGCAGUGCGGGAGCAAGUGGUUGCCUUCGUGAGUGAGUCCUGUGACAAGUACAGCUUGAUCGCCGAGUACAGCCGUCGGCCGGUAAUGAGCGAAAUCUUCGAGAAGAAGGCCAACCUCGCACGCUUGUCGGUCAUUCCCGAGCAGCAGGUGGCACUCAACAACAACUAUUUUCCGCAGUGGCUGGGACCCACCUUCAUCGGCGCUUACAUUGCCCUCUUUGCCGAGAGUGUUCUGGAUGGGUCGACGUCAAUGGGAGUGUUCCUGGCGAUCAUCUCUGUGAUCAGUGACAUGACCAACGACUUCGAGGGCAUUUUUAUUGAGCUGAUGAGCAUCAACACCCGGAUCGACUCUCUGAAGGUCUUGACUCAUUUCUUCAACAUGGAAUCAGAGCUUCCAAUCCUGCGCGAGCUGAACUUGCGGAACCGGGCGCUCACUCUGGAGGCGCGCCAGGAGGCCAGGAAACUCCCCGAGCCACCGCCGGAGACCGGACUCCUCAGGACCGAUCUCAUGGAGAUGAAGGUUGACGGAUUAUCCUUUGGAUACAAGAAAGACCAGCAACUCCUCAAGAAUGUCGGCCUCCUCCACGUCCCGCUGGGCCGGAUUGUCGCCUUGGUGGGAGUGCAUGGGUCUGGCAAGAACACCUUCAUGCGGCUGAUCUCCAGCAGAUUGCUUCCAGACGAGGGCUCGGUCUUCGUGCCAACUCACCUUCGGGUCCUUUUCGUCGCACAGGAUCCCGUUCUGCUGGAUGCCUCUGUCUGGGAGAACCUGACCUAUGGUGCGCCGGAUUUCGCGGAUCUGUCAGUGGUAAAGGGCGUCCUUGCGCACUUGAACAUGAAGUACGUGCUAGAGACGUUGCAGAACGAGAUGGGCGAGCCGGACGGGAAGAACUCUGAUGUUGAGCAAGGCAUCAAACAGCCCAACAGAUCUCCUGUGGAGAAGAUCUCGGACCUUGCUGAGCCGUUGACCGGUGACAACGAGCCCAGGAGCUCCAGAACACUUAGCAUGUCAGGAGGCAGCUAUAUGGAGCUCCCGAACAUAGAUCCGGCGGAACUGGCGGCCGACAUCAAGCAGGAGUCCAGCAAGCACUUGUGGCAAGAGCCCUUGACCUACACAGAGAAGGUCAAGAUAAGCCUCGCAAGAGCUCUCAUCAUGAACCCUGACAUGCUUGUUUUGCAUCGACCGUUCCACCACUUUGACAUCGGUACCGCCGACGACGUUUUGCAAGUCAUAAAGCAGCACCACGAGAACCGUGGCCUGUGUCUGCCGGCAGACGAGAGGAUAACUCGUCGGCCCCGAUGCGUGGUGUUCUCACCAGAGACGGUGGAGCAGGCAGUCCAAGCUCACAUCUUGUGGCAAAUCGAUCACAUUCAGAAGACUGUCCUCGAAGUGGGCAAGAAUGAGAUCAACCACCGCUUUGAGCCUGCGAGUGCCGGAAUCGCCAUGAACAACAAAGCAGGUUAA